GCCGCCGCCGCCGCCGCCGCCACCUUCACCACGCCCACUAACACGCCUGCACCCUCACCACUUGCACAUACCAUAUACACACCUACCUACCUCACACACGCUACCGUCGUCGAGGGGGGGGGACCGGGGCAACCCCUGAGUCCAGGAAAAUAGGCAAUUCGACCGGCAGCUUCACUUCCGUCCUUCGUCGGCAAAGCCCCCUCCCCUGCAUCCGAUCCCUCGCCGCUCCCUCCUUACUUCCGCCCCGCUGGUAGGUAGAAUUCCGUCGACCGGAGAGGAAAAUUAUGCAAGGCAUCCCCUCGGAAUGCCAUCAGCGAUCGGCGGUGACGAGUGGGAUCUCCCCCGCCUGAAAGCCUCCAUCGGCUUCGAGGACGAUUUCCAGUAUCUCUCAUCGGAUGAUCAGCAAGAUACGGAGUUCUUCGAUGUGAAGUUCUACCCUUACGGAGACGUCACACACGAUCCUGUCUUUGCUGCUAUCAGCAAGAAACAUAUCGUCAUCUACCGGCUCUCCACCAAGGCUAAUCCCCCUUAUGAGCUCAUCCAGCUGUUCAGGGAUGACGAUAAGGAGGCCUUGAACUGCAGCUGCACGUGGAGCAAAGACCCCGAGACUGAAGCUCCCUACCUGUGCGUAGCUGGCCGGGAUGCCAAGAUCAAGGUCUACGACGUGGUUCAUGGAAAACUAGUAAAGGUGCUCAUCGGUCACGGAGGAGAAAUAAACGACCUCGCUACGUGCCCAACCGAUUUCCUCCUCAUCGCGUCCGCGUCGGAGGACACUACGGUGCGCAUAUGGAGUCUUGACCCUGCGCACUCCAAGCAGCCAUGUGUCUGCCUGCUCGCCGGCGAAGGUCACUCGUCGGGGCUCCUGACCGUUGCAUUCCAUAAUGGCGGCCGGUACGUCCUGUCCGCCGGGCACGACAAUGUCAUCAGCUUGUGGACGCUCCCGGAUCUUCCGCCCAAGACGAACGACAAGAACCCACCCCAGCCAAUCGUCAUCCAUUACCCGCAUUUCUUUACCUCGGAGGUGCACAGCGGAAUCGUGGAUUGUGUCGCCUUCUUCGGAGACCUCGUCCUCUCGCGGGCGUGCCACGAGGAUAUCAUCGUGCUGUGGCGGAUCGAGGGAUUCUCGUCACGGGACCCGGUGCCAGCGGCGUCGGAAGCACCUACGACGAGCGAUACGGAGCGGCUGACGCGGUCGGCGUUCGCACCCGCGACGGCGGCGUCGGCAUGCCCGCCGCAGUACACGCGGCUGCUCGAGUUCUGGACGCCACACUGCGGCCACCAGUUCUACCUACGGUUCCGGCUCUUCCACGACCGUGACCGUCACCCGGUGCUCGCGUUCGGCAACGCCAAGGCGACGGUCUUCUUCUGGGACCUCGCCCGCCUCGGCGGGUACCGCGACUUCGUCGAGGAGCUGCGCGAGCAGCGCCGCGACCCGACGCUGCCGCCCGUCCGCCGCCCCGCCUGGCUCCAGCCCAUCCAGCACCGCCAGCAGCAGAACCACGCCCACGCCCACCACCACCACGGGGGUAGCACUCGGGGCGAUACCGUGGGCAGGCUGAGGGACGCGGUGAACAGCGAUAAGGACUCGGUGGCGUCGGGGCGCACGGGCAGCGUCGACAUCGCGUCGGUGGCGGAGAACACGACGGCCACGGCCGCCGCGGCCGCGGACUCGAGCUACUCGAGCUACACGAGCUACGGCUACCCGACGCAGCGGUACUCGCAGGAGACGCUGGACGCGUGGGAGCUCAAGUACGACAUGACGCGGGUGGAGGAGCCGGUGCGGGCGCACGCGCAGAGCAGCAUCACGGUCAAGGACUUUGUCGGGCGCCAGGUGGCGUGGAGCCCGCGCGGCGAGUGGUGCGUCGUCGUCGGCAGCAAGAACCUGGCCAUCGUGCUGCAGCGGUGGCAGCACGCGACCGCCGGCGGCAGCCACGCGGGCGCGAGCGCGAGCGAGAGCGCCGGGGCCGGAGCCGGAGCGGGGGGCGGCGGCGGCGGCGAUGAUGCGAGCGUGAAGAAGGAGAAUGAGGCCGAUGAUGUCGCGGACAGGAAGGGGAACGAGUAAGUAGGGAGAGUAGGAUGAGAGGAUUAUUAGGUGAGAAGGGGGGAUGCGAGUUUAGGAUUAAGUUAGGUCGGGCAGUUUGGUAGAUUUGUGACCGGAAUAUAGGUCACCGGAGAGACUUCCGGAGGCAGAAGGAUGGGGGAAAGCAGGCUGGAGGGAGGGAGAGGAAGAGAUAAACUCAUCCUCUUCUUUCGUCGUCCUCUCUUCUCCUUAUCCAUACAUCUAGAUAGCAUACAGGCACACGACACAUACACGAGUGCGAAU